CACCUUGUUUGCGUGCAGGGGGACUGAUUUCCUCUUCAAAGUUUUGCAUUGGUUCCACAUAUUCAUGAUGGUUGCUACAAAUGUGAGUGCUCAUGGUGGUUGGGAUUAACAUCAUUUUUCCUCACUUGUGUGCAUUUCAAUUUAUACUCAGGGGCUAAUAUGUUAGGCGGUGGAGAUGCUCUUUCUUCCUCCUUCAACAUUGACUUGGUAGAACAAAGAGCAUGGAAGGAGGACAAAAUUCAAGUAGUCAAUCUCCUUUAAUUCCAAACCAAGAAAGAAAUGACCAUGACUCUGAUGGAGAGGCACAUCAAGUAGGUUGUGGGGCAGAAAUACUUGAAGAAGCAAAGAAGCAGCUAGGAUUAGCAGGACCUCUUAUAGCAGUUAGCUUGUUGCAGUACUGUUUACAAAUGAUUUCGAUCAUGUUUGUCGGCCAUCUCGGCGAGCUGCCUCUCUCCGGUGCUUCCUUGGGAACUUCCUUUGCUUCAGUGACUGGUUUCAGUGUACUGUUAGGAAUGGGAAGUGCAAUGGAAACACUAUGUGGACAAGCCUAUGGAGCCAAACAGUACCAUAUGCUCGGUGUUCACACGCAACGAGCAAUGCUAACACUUGUAGGUUUAAGCCUUCCUCUAGCAUUGAUUUGGUUCUACACAAGCACCAUCCUGAUUGCUUUUGGUCAAGAUCAUGAGAUAUCAACGGAAGCAGGAAAGUUUAACCGUUGGAUGAUUCCGAGCCUUUUCGCCUAUGCAUUGCUUCAAUGUCUAAAUAGAUUCUUACAAUCUCAGAACAUUGUUAUUCCAAUGAUGGUAAGCUCUGGAAUCACAGCUCUGUUCCACAUUCUCAUAUGUUGGGUCUUUGUGUUUGAAAUUGAACUUGGAAGCAAAGGUGCUGCCUUAGCAAAUGCCAUCUCAAAUUGGGUUAAUGUGCUCUUGCUGGCAAUUUAUGUGAAGUUUUCACCAGCUUGCAUGAAAACUUGGACUGGCUUUUCAAGAGAAGCAUUGCAUGAUAUUCUUAGCUUUUUGAAGCUUGCCUUUCCUUCAGCAACUAUGAUUUGCGUUGAAUAUUGGUCGUUUGAGAUGGUUGUUCUGUUAUCUGGUCUUUUGCCAAAUCCACAACUAGAGACAUCCGUAUUAUCAAUAAGCCUCAACACAUGCUGGAUGGUCUAUAUGAUCUCUGUUGGUCUUGGUGGUGCAAUAAGUACAAGAGUUUCAAACGAGUUGGGUGCUGGGUGCCCACAAGGUGCACGUUUGGCUGUGUGUGUUGUGGUUGUAGUGGCCAUUUUAGAGGGUACAAUAGUUGGAACAACUACUAUUUUGGUUCGACAUGUAUGGGGAAAGCUCUUUAGCAAUGAAGAAGAAGUAAUCAGAUACAUUGCUAGGAUGAUGCCAUUGCUUGCACUUUCUGAUUUCUUGGAUGGUUUCCAAUGUGUGCUUUCAGGGGCUGCUAGAGGAUGUGGCUGGCAAAAUCUGUGUGCCUUCAUCAACCUUGGUGCUUACUAUGUUGUGGCAAUUCCUUCUGCUGUGCUCCUUGCUUUUGUUUUCAAUUUUGGAGGCAUGGGACUUUGGAUGGGAAUUAUCUGUGGACUGUGUGUACAAAUUAUAGCACUUGUUACAAUAAAUCUGUGCACUAACUGGGAUCACGAGGCAAGGAAGGCUUUAAACAGAAUCCAAAAGACUCACAUGGUUGUUGGUGACUUGGUGACUACAUAACACCAUAGAGCACAAAAAACACAGCAAAUCAAACUAGGGUUAAUUAUAUUUUUUGUCCCCGAGAUAGGAUUUUCGUCUCCUAUGUUCAAAUUGUGUUAAUUUGAUAUUUCAAUUUGAUUCUCAAUAUUUAAAUUGUAUCAAUUUAGUACCC